GGCAGGCAUCACAAGAACCUCACCUUUUUCCCACUAUAAAUUUGUGUUGGCUUUGGUUCUAGGAGUACUUUGCAUUGUUUCUUAAGGUUUUCAAUUUUACUCCGUACCUUGUUAGAUUUUUACAAGUAACACAGUAAAAAAUGUCAAACCCACCGCAACGUUCAAUUUUGCGCUACAGUUCCAUAUUCCGCCAAUCCCAACAGCGUCCGGUGGCGCCACAGCCGCAGGCUCAGCCGCCUCCCCCUGCUCCCCCCGUUCUGCCGCCUCGGCAGCGAGAACCGACCCCACUGCCACCCUCUCAAUCGGCACCACAAGCACCACCUUCACCACCGCCACCGCCUCCUCCUGCCACAAGGCCACCGCCCCCAUUGUCGCCAAAGCCCAUUGCUCCCAGAGAAGAUUCAACUGGUUUGACUUCAGGUCAGCGUUCUCCUUUGGCACCUUCAUCACCGUCGACAACACUCUCCCAGCGCCAACCUGUCUCUCCACCUUUAUCUCCAGUGCCGUCACGUCCGGCCGCUGAUCCUACCAACACCACGGGUUCACCUCUUUUGACUUCUGGUCAACGUUCUCCCACGGCACCUUCACAGCCGGAACAACAAAAAUCUGUCAUUCAAUUAGCUCCAUCACCGCCACGUCCCACUGAUCUUGCUGCCACCACCAGCCCCAUACGUUCUCCCGUUCCCGGCACUCCGACAAAGUCUCUUGUUGCAGCUCCUCCGCGACUGGCACCCUCAUCGCCGCCGCGUCCCAACGGUUCUCUCGCUGAAACACAUUCCCCUGUCUUAGCUUCCGGUCACCGGUCUCCUGUGUCAGUUAAUCCCACGGCGUCCCAAGUUCCAUCGUCACCAGAGAGUUUGUCCGAGCCCCUGCGUUCUCCGUUGGUUAGGUUCCAUUCUCCUCCUCUGGGAGAAGCUAAUCAUCACCGGAUGAAGCCGGUGUCCCCACUCAAACUCCCGAAACAAGCUUACCCGGAAAUGUCCAACUUCGAGCGGGAACAUUAUGAUCAUAAGAAAGUGGUGCUGCUGGAAGGCCAGCCGGCGGGAGGACGGCACAGAGUCCAGAACCUGGCAGCCAAGAAUAACUACAACAAUAAUAAGGAAGUAAAGAAGGAAAAAGGAGUGAGCUUUGUAACACUGGCAGGGGAAAACAGAGGCGCCGUGAUGGACCUGAUGACCAGUCCGGCCGGAAAGAAACAGGGGAUCGGUAACAAUGGCCGGCCACGGAAGCUAGUGGAAGAAGGAGGCGAGGAGGAGGAGGAGGAGGAAGAAGGAAAACACAAGGAGCUGGGGGUGUGGGCGGCGAUGAGGGCGGUGGUGAACAGCAACGUGCAAGGAGUGAACAAUUCAAUCCUCCAUAACGCCACCUACAGUCACCAUGAUCCCGGGAUCCACCUGGUUUGCCCCGGGAGAAGCCGCCGCCGCCUCAAUCUCAAGACCAGCCCUGCUUCUCGAUGAUUCCCAAUUUCCCCUUUCUUUUCAUUAUAAUAAUUAUAAUAAUAAUGCUAUUUCGGAUUC